AUGACAGACACCCAUCACCCACCACUCAACUACGAACCCUCUCUAACCUCAACCCACCCAACCACCUCCUCCACACUCCCUCCCGAAGUCCGCCAAUGCCUCCAAAACGCCCGCUUCCUCCACCUCGCCACCAUCUCCGCCGCGCCCGGCACCACCUCCGUCCCAACACCCCACGUCUCACUCAUGAACUACACCUUCCUCCCCCAAUACCGCAACGAGUCCUACCCAGCCAUUAUAAUGACAACCAACGCUCGCUCCCUCAAAACCGAGAACCUGCUACACAAUCCCAAAGUCUCCCUCUUGGUCCACGACUGGGUGUCUCACCGUCCGCCCACCGCCACUCAAUCCGCUGCGGGCGCAAGGUCGGGCAGUCCACCAGCGGCGGCGACGAGGAGUAGUCUCGCCACCCUGCUGCUUAAUAUGAACACCAGUGCGCUGUCGAGUAUCAGCACGACGAUAGCGGGCGAAGCGAGAUUUCUGGAGACGGGGAGUGAGGAGGAGCGAUGGUGCAAGGAGACACACCUCGCAAACAAUACCUUUGGUGAUCAAGCACGAGAGGAGGCGGGGCUGUUUGGGAGUACGCCGAAUGCGCCGGACGAGGAUCGAGGGGAGCAGUUGCAGCGGAUGAAUAGUGCUGCGGCGGGUGGGUGUUAUAUCGAGGGGAAUGAGGUUAGGGUGGUGGUUGUGCCGGUCACGGAGGGGAGGAUAGCGGACUGGAAGGGUGGAGUUAAGGAUUGGAAGGUUGUUGUUGAUCAGCCUGCAACAGCAGACGGAAGGACAGGGUCGCCAGAGCAGAGAGGCAGGCCAUUGCCGAAUGGUAUUGUGGACUGA